AUGUUUACAAUUAACGCAACACUUGGCUUAAGUUGGGCAAUUUUAUCUUUUGGAUUUUUUCUCUUUAUUCGUUAUGUAAUACAUCCAUUAACUUAUGUUCGACUAUCAAAUAAUAAACAAAAUAAUUCUACAAUACCAUCACCAUAUAUACGAACAUGGUUAACAUAUUUAGAUGAAGAACGAUGGCAACGAUUAAAUUUAUUAAUUAGUUGGUUACAUGCUUUCAUAACCGGUGUACUUGUUCUAUAUAGUUUUUAUGCAUUUCCUGAAUUACGUCAUGAUUUUGUUAGACAUAUUAAUUUUGUUACAUAUUUAACAUGUUCAUUAUCAUUUGGUUAUUUUUGUUAUGAUUUAUGUGAUAUUAUAUCAAAUAGAAGAGGAUCAGAUUUAUUUGAAAUAAUAUUACAUCAUAUUGUCACAUUAAUAUUUUUUGGUUUAAACAUAUUUCGUGUAUUAAAUGUGGGUUAUCAAAUGUUUGCAUUGUUAGCUGAAGUAAAUUCAAUAUUUUUACAUGCUCGAAAACUUUUUCAACUUUUUAAUAUUCCACGAUCUAGAACUGCAAGUAAGGCAUCGAGCAGAAAUCAAAACCGAUUUGUAGCUGGACAAUCUACUACAGAAAUCAAUCCUAAUACUGAUAAUAUUCCAUCCCAUGGUUCAGCAUCUUUAGUCAAUUCACAGUCAACUAAUGGUUUACAUGAUUCUAUUCGACGAGAACGAAAAGCUCAUACAGUAGCUCCGUUAACUAGAAUAUCAGGACCCAUUUCUUCUGUAAAAUCAAAUAUGUUUGCUACAAUUGCUGCUCCAAUUGAUUCUCAAACAAUGAAACAAUCUUCUUUAACACAGACAAUACCCAACGAAACAAUGAAUUAUUAUCCUCAACCAGGUAUGGAAAUGAACAAUUUUAUGAACGGCGGUUAUGCACAAGAGGAAGAUGAUAAUGCUCCAAUCAUUGUGAAAGUUCGUUAUGACCCAGAAGCUGGUGGGCUACCAUCUGAAGAAGCUAUUCGUCAAAUGGUUAACAAUAGAUUACGAGACCAGUCCAAUAACAACUUCAUGAAUGAUCCAAUUGUUCUCAAUUUUACUAAUAAUACUAUUAGUUCUACAAUUCCGCAAGGACCAACUGGAUCAGAACCACUAUAUUUUAAUCAAUCUGCUCUAACUGUUUCAUCACCGGUCAAUCAUCCAAAUAUUCACAUGCCUGUUCCUCCACAACAACAAUUACAACAACAAAACUUUCAAUUAUCACAACGACAGUAUCCACAAAAAUUCACGCAACAGCAGCAACGAUUGCAGCUACAACAAAACCGACAACAACAAUUGCAGUUGCAACAAAGACAACAACAACAACAACAACAACAACAAUUGCAGUUGCAACAAAGACAACAACAACAACAAUUGCAGUUACAACAAAAACAACAACAACAACAACAACAACAACAACGGCAGUUACAAUUACACCAAUAUCAACUGAAACAAAAAGAACUACUAAACCGACAACAAUUACAAAUGCGACAAAGAGAACAAUUACAACUACGACUACAAUUACAAAGGAGACAACAACAAUUAGAACAGCAACGAAAGCAACAACUACAACGACAAGAGUUUUUACUAAAAGAGCAAAUGCAAAAACAACAGCUGCAACAAUUCCUACAACAACAGAAUCAACGAAAACAACAAUUUUUACAAUCGGAGAGACAACAAAUACAACAACAGCGGUAUCGACAACUAUUACAGCAACGGCAAAAACAACAAACAUUAUAUCAACGACAACAACAAACCUUUCCACAAAAACAACGAAAUCCAUCUCUUCCACCGAUGGGUCCACGACCAUCACGAGCUAUUGUUCCUAUUCGACCUAUGUUUAUUAAUCAGUCAUCUGAUCUAUUUCCACAAAAUAGUAACAUUCGUCCAAUACAACCUAUUCCAAUUCUUCCGAGGCCUGUAAAAACUUCAAACAAUGUCUCGACCAUUAAUAUACAACGAUUACCGUAUCGAAGUCUCAGCUUAACACAACCGAACACUCCUAUACCAACAGACAAUGGUGCAUUCAGCAGUUAUCAUCAGAAACAUUCACCAAGUCUGUUUAUACCAAUUAAUUUUGGAAUGCCUACUGAGCACCAACCAAUACCAAUAAGCAAUACUAGUAGUCCUUUUGUUUCAUCAUAUCCAUUACCAAGACCUAGUACUGCACCUGGUGCUUGUGAAAUGUAUCGACCAUCAUCGGCACUCGACAUACCUGAAUUAAGUCAAGAAAAUCUUUGUGAUAUGCUCAACCAAAUUCCGGCUUUACAUGGUCGUCGAUUUCAUAUCGAGUAUGCCGAAUCUACUCAACCUGAUGGUUAUCCAAUUCCAUCACCGUUCGAUUUGAAUAAUGAUAAAUAUCCUGUACCGGUUGUUGUUGAUGAAUUACCAAGCAAUAUUAUUCAACAUGUAAGAAGUAGUAAUAAUCUUGAACUUCAAGCUGCAUUAGAUCCAGCUGGUCAAAUAGAAAGAACUUUUCAACAUAUUGGUCAAUCUCAAACAGGCGCACCAAUGUUAAAUGGAUACUCACCAACGCUUUUCUAUCAUAACGUACUACCUCAACAAAAAGCACCGCGACAUCGAUCACUAUCAUCAUACAGUUCAGAUAGAAUUAUUGACACAUAUUCAUAUGAAAGACAAAUUACGGAACUGAAUAGAUACAAAUAG